AUGCUGAGAUGCUGCACAGUGUGUUGUGGUGUUUGGGACAGUGGAUCUCCCAGAGAGAAGAGCUUCUUGGUGACCUCUCAGUGGUACUCAGAGGUGAUGAUCCAGAUGGACAGAGCAAUAAGGCGCAUAGAGCCAUGGAAGAUCGCAAUCAUUGUUGUGUCAGUGAUAGUUGGCUUAGCCCUCAUCAUUGGCUUGAUUACAUUUCUUUUGUGCCACGAUCAAGACAGGUAUUACAAUGCAUCUUUCCUAAUCACCAAUGUCGACUACAAUCCUCAGUAUGAAAGGCAGACUACAGAUGAGUUCAGGAACCUAAGUGAAGAUAUUGAAACCAUGGUAUCUGAAGUAUUCAGGGGUUCCUUUCUAAGUAAAAGAUACAUCAGGUCUCACGUGGUCAGUCUAAGCCCAGAUCCUGUUGGAGUGCUUGCAUCUGUUGUUCUGGUAUUUAAAUUUCCCUCUGCUGACAGUGAAGCAACAACCUGGGAUCAAGUCAACCGUGUGUUACUCAGAAGGCUAAAAGCAACCUCAACAUACCUGAAUGUUGACCAGUCUACUGUUAGACUCACAGAGCUGAACAAGGAAAAGGGAGAUAACCUUUUAAACAACUGCUGUGGAAUACGAAGACAGGCAUUCUCCUUCACAGGAGUGGAAAGAAUAACUGGUGGGCAGCGUGCACGGGAGGGAGAAUGGCCAUGGCAGGCAAGUAUUCAGCUUGAUGGGACCCAUCGCUGUGGUGCAUCAAUCAUCAGUAACACCUGGCUGGUGACUGCAGCCCACUGCUUUAGAGGAGUAAGAGAUCCUUGGAGGUGGACUGCCAGCUUUGGAAUUCUGCUGAGACCUCCAAAACAGAAAAAAUUUGUCCGGAGAAUUAUUGUUCAUGAGAGAUAUGGUGACUUUCUCCUUGAUCAUGAAUAUGAUGUGGCUGUUGUGGAACUUGCCUCUGCUAUUGAGUUCACAAGUGACGUGCACAGUGUCUGCCUUCCUGAAGCAUCUCACAUUUUCCCAGACAACACUUCCUGUUUUGUCACUGGCUGGGGAGCUUUGGAGAAUGAUGGUUAUAGUGUUAAUCAGCUUCGACAAGCGGAAGUGAGAAUUAUAAGUACUGAGGUUUGUAACAGGAGGCAAGUGUACGGUGGAGCGAUAACACCUGGAAUGUUGUGUGCUGGAUACUUGGAGGGGCAGGUGGAUGCUUGCCAGGGUGACUCUGGUGGGCCACUGGUGCAUGCGAAUUCCAGAGGAAUCUGGUAUCUUGUGGGAAUAGUGAGCUGGGGAGAUGAAUGUGGCAAGCCAAAUAAACCAGGAGUAUACACACGAGUGACUUACUAUCGAAACUGGAUCCACUCCAAAACGGGCAUCUGAAACCUGGAGCAAGUUAAGUUUUGGGGGCUGUGUACAGCUAUUCCUCUGACACAUCCUGCUCUGUGGUCACCCUCUAAACAGCUGCUGGCUUAGCUUGUGGUCAUGUAUAAAGUAUCUGUAAGCUUGAGACAGUGUAGGACUUGAAAUUGGUUCGGCCUAUAGCCAGACAGGAAUGGACUUGAUCCAUGUGAUAUUUGUUUGUUCAGGAAGUAGUCUGUCAGAGGGAAAACUGCCUUUGUCUAUAUGUGAUAUAUUGACCCUUUUUUCUCCAUGGCCACAUGU